AUGUUCGGCCCCGGCAAUUAUACGUUACCGCUGACCGAAGUGAAGGAUAACGAUGUGCAGUUACAAACAGACGUCGAAAUGAAAGUCAUAAGCGAAUAUACGGAAGUGAUCAGUGAAGAAGAAGAAGAAGAAGAAGAAGAAGAUAAAAUUAUUGAAUAUGAAAUUGUAACUGUUAAAGAGUUAGAAGACCAACCAUUUAAAAAUUUAGAAAAUUGUGUAUCAAAUGAUGCAUAUAAUGAUAGUCAAGAUUCCAAUUCAAGAUGCAAAAUGUCUAUAGUAGAGUUAUCACCAACAAGUUACAAUGAUCAAAUAUUAUCUGAUACAUACAUAUCUGAUUCAUUUAACGAUGAUCAAGAUUCCAUUUCAAGAUGUAAAAUGUCUAUAGAAGAGUUAUCACCUUCAAGUGAUACAAAUCAUGUGUUCGAAGUAGAAAGCGAAUAUACUUGUUUAGCUCAUUUAGUUGAAUGUGUGAUUAAUGAUACAUAUGAAGAAAAUAAACAACCCAUAAAAGAAGCAGUGAGUUUGGACGAUGCUUUCCGACAAUGUUUAAGGACAAUUAAUAGUGACUUAAAUGACCCUAAUGACGAUUAUAAUUUAGAUAAUACUUUAAAACAAUUUAAUAAAAAUGAUUCACCAACAGAAACAAAUCACAAAAGAAAAAUAUUACAUUCAGAUGAAUUAAUUGCUACUGAUAAUGAUGAUAUUAAUUGUAGCUGUGGAACUCCCAAAGAACAAUCCUAUUUUGAAAAUACUAAAAAAAAGAGAAUAGUUGGUGACAUGAUUCGCAUUGCAUCGCAAACUCCAAAAUCUUGUCAAAAAAUUUAUCAUAAUAUUUAUUUUACUGAAUCUGAAAUAGAAUACUUUAGAAAGAGUUAUCAGAAAUUUUUACAAAAAAGUAUUUGUCUUACUUUACCACCACAGAUUGGUAAAUGUAUUGAAUGUCGUGUUUACAAUACGAAAGAUAAUUUGACCAAACGUGAUUAUGAUAGUAUUACGUGUAGGUUUUAUGAAUUCCGCCAAUUAAGAUAUCAAAAGUGUGGAACAUUGGCCGUUGCUGGAUAUCCAGAUCCUUAUAAAAAUAUUGACAAUGUUGAUUUGAGUUUGUGGUUACCUAAUACCCUCUUAUCUGAACGUAGUGAUUUUAAUAUUCAAGCAUCAACAAAAAUUUUGGGAGAUGCAGGAGGUCAAUUUUGCAUGUUUGUUAAGGAUGAAAUAGACGCAUUAAAAUUUAAUUUGCCACGUAACGGGAAACCACGGAAAAUACUAUGGAAAAAAAGUGUUAAUGGAAUUAGAGAAAUGUGUGAUGUUUGUAGAACGACAAUAUUUAACCACCACUGGUGUUGCCGUAAAUGUGGGUUUGUAGUUUGUAUCGAUUGCUUUAAGGCCAAACUCAAUGGUACUCAACUGACUGAAAAACAAACCAUUGUACAAAGAAAUUUUAACAAAAAAAUUUGGUUACUUUGUUCAAACGAGAAAGAACAUCAGAUUGAAAAACUUUUCAUAACCCAAAUAUUGGCUGGGAAUACUUUAAAAUUUAUUUCAGACCUCUUGCAUGAUAUAUGUUUCAAUCAUAAUAUAUCUUUAGAUUGUAGUUGCAAUGAAACAUUGGAAAAGAUUUUUCCUCCUAAUUCUACUGAUCCUAUUUUUGACAAUAUUCUUAAAAUCUAUGAACAAUUACCUGGUACAAAGGAUAAAGAAGAACCCAGUUUAGAAGGAAUAAAAGGUAUAAUGAAGAGACAAUAUCUAAGGUAUUUGGAUAAGUGUUGUAAUGAUGAUGGUUCAACUAAAGAAACUGAAGAAGUUGAAUUUGAAAGUAAUGGUAGUACUAGUAUUUCAAGAAAAAAAGUUCAAGAUAAAAUGUAUACAAUUGGACGUAUCACCAAAAGAAAAGAAUUGUUUCCACCCAAAUUAUCUUUAUUGUCAGAUGAUAAAACCCAUGCACCUCAUAUGUGGCUGUGUGAAGGACAUCUAUUACGUUUAUUAGAUCCAAAAUGUGACAUUAACUAUACAAUUUUUCAGGAACAAUGGAGGCGUGGACAACCCGUAUUAGUGAGUGAUGUUGGCAAUAAAUUAAACUCUUCGCUAUGGCAUCCAGAAUCAUUUACUCGUGAUUUUGGCAAUCAAAUUAAUGACUUGAUUGACUGUACCACUAGUGAUAUAAUUUCAGACCAACCAAUGAGUAAGUUUUGGAAUGGUUUUGAAAAUGCCGAGGAGAGGUUGUGUGACAAACAGGGCAAUGUAAUGCUACUGAAACUAAAAGACUGGCCGGCUUCUGCAGAUUUUGCAGAAACAUUACCUGAUAGAUUUCAAGAUUUGAUGAAUUGCUUACCACUGAAAGAGUACACUCACCGUAAUGGUAGAUACAACUUGGCUUCUCAUCUUCCAGAUUGCUACAUUCGACCAGAUUUGGGCCCAAAAAUGUAUACAGCUUAUGGUAAUGCAGGUACGACUCACAAAAAAGUAGGCACCACAAAUCUACAUUUGGACAUAUCAGAUGCUGUUAAUGUUAUGGUUUACGUUGCAAUCACAAAGAACAGCAAAGACUAUGAUUACGAUUGGCACGUGAGGGAAGCAUUACAAGUCAUUGAAGAAGCCGGCUGUGAUGAUUUGACAUUGAGACGGAUUUACGUGCAUGGAGAAACUCCGGGCGCUCUGUGGCAUAUUUACCAUGCAUCAGAUGCUGACUCGAUUAGGGAUUUGUUAAUCAAAGUCUCAGUUGAACACGGAACACCUAUAGAACAAUUCAGCGAUCCAAUACACGAUCAGUCCCACUAUCUAGAUGAAUAUCUUAGGGAGCGUUUGUAUAGAGAAUACGGGAUCAAAGGAUAUGCAAUCGUUCAGUAUUAUGGCGAUGCAGUAUUUAUACCAGCAGGUGCACCUCACCAGGUCAGAAAUUUACACAAUUGUAUAAAAGUAGCUGAAGAUUUUGUAUCUCCAGAAAACGUUCAUCAUUCAUUUCGUAUGACACAAGAAUUUCGGAACCUAACGGAUAGUCAUACUAAUCACGAGGACAAGUUACAGAUCAAAAAUAUUGUGUUUCAUGCAGUCAAAGACUCAAUUUCAGUAUUGAUGCGUAAAUAA